ACAAGCUCUCCUUUCUUCCUCUCUCUCUCUCUCUCUCUCUAUAAAAGAAAAAAGAAAAAAAGAAAAAUCCAUCCCUGUCUAAUUAAACAUCUACCACCCCACACACAAAAUACAUAGACGUUGCUUUCUUUAUACUUCAAAUGGCUGAUGCUUGAUAAGUAAUUAUUUUUUAUAGACACAAAACAAACGCUCUAAUAAACCAUUACUCACUCGGAAAGCAGAGCAAAGGAAAGCAAGCAACAACAGCAACAGCAGGAAGAAGAAUCAUCGACUGGCAUUCAAUCUCUUCAAAGCUUCUUACUAAGUUGUCCAUUUCACUUCAAGCGAACCCUUUUUGGUUUUCUUCAAAACAAACAAAACUCAGCUUAAAAUUUUUUCACUAUUUCAACACUUUGGGUUUGACUCAAAUUGGUCAUUAAUGGAGGCACUCGCUGGACCUGGUGCUAGAUCCAGUCAUAGAGUUCAUAUACCCGAAGAAACAGGACUGGAUUCUCUUCAAUUCGGUGAAGAUAUCCAUCACUUGAUCACUGUCCCGCCGGAAAAUGCUAAUUCCUUCACUGCCCUUCUCGAAUUACCACCUAAUCAAGCUGUGGAGCUUCUCCACUCACCCGAUUCCACACUCAAAACCCGACCCGGUAUCGACCCGAAUCCUCCUCCUCAUUUCAACGAUGCCAAUCUAACAUUCCCUACUAACACUGCUCUCAUAGAACGCGCCGCUAGAUUUUCAGUGUUUGCUGGCGAGAAUUUGAACAGCAAUAACUCUCCGGAGACGAGCUCCGUACCGUCUAAUUCAAGUGCGAAUCUCGAGAAAGUUGUUAAAAGUGAACCCGCUGAAGCUGAAUCUCAACCGUUGGUUUCUGAUCAUCCGACGGUCGAGAAUCAGAGGCCGGUGAAGAGGAAAGAGAGAGAAAAGAAGGGUAAAGGGUCAACAAAGAAGAGUAAAAAUUGUGCUAAUGAGAAUUGUGAAGAGGCAGCGAAGCUUCCUUAUGUUCAUGUUCGAGCUCGUCGUGGUCAAGCCACUGAUAGCCAUAGCUUAGCAGAGAGAGCGAGGAGAGAGAAGAUUAAUGCAAGGAUGAAACUACUUCAAGAACUGGUCCCAGGCUGCAACAAGAUUUCUGGAACAGCAUUGGUGCUGGAUGAGAUCAUCAAUCAUGUACAAUCAUUACAACGCCAAGUGGAGUUCUUAUCAAUGAGACUUGCGGCAAUUAAUCCAAGAAUUGAUUUCAAUCUCGACAGCAUAUUGGCUGCAGAAAGUGGAUCUCUAAUGGACAGUAGUUUCUCCAGCAUGGUUAUGCCUCUGGCGUGGCCAGAAGUCCAAGUUAGUGGGAACAGACAACAUUAUCAACAGCAAUGGCAUUGUGAUGCAGUUCAUCAGCCAGUUUGGGGAAGAGAAGAAGACAGCUAUAACUUUAUUACUCCUGAGAAUUCCCUUUUGAGUUAUGAUUCCUCGGCAAAUUCAGCAUCUCUGCACUCGAAUCAAUUGAAAAUGGAGCUAUGAGCCUAGACACAGCAUGAAGAGGAAGCUCCAGUAGUAAUAUUAAUCGAUCAAUGUAUAUAAAUGAAAAUAUUAGCGAUUAGCAGCAGCAGCAGCAGCAGUAGCAGCAGCUAGAGGGGAGUGCCACUGCCACCGCCACCUCAACAUUCAUAUCGGGAAGAGUGGGUUGGAAACCCGACCCUGCAUUUUCUCAACUAGAGAUGAGAAAAGCUCAAUAUGUCAUUGUUAUUCUUAUUUAUACUUGUUCUCCUAUAUAUAUAUAUAAUUUACUUCCAUAUAAUAUAUAUUAUAUACUACCUUUUGAGAGUCAAUUCAAUCCAAAAGUGCUUCAAUGGUGGUAGAUGAUUGGUGGAUUCAUAUUUGUACCACAAACUCAGAAUCAUUCAUGAAUUUUCCAUCCCUUUUAACUAUUAUGGAUCUCAUUCUUCUUUUUCCUCUGCUA